AUGGAUCGUUCUGAUCUUCGUGUGGUCUAUGUGAACCGCCAUAUUCGCGAGGACAAGCACAUCUUUUCACCUUCUGACCAGGACUUGGGUGAACUGACGACGUCACAAUGGGAACACGACGACCUGCGUCAAGAUGUUGAGCGCUUGCUAGAAUCUUUCGGCCGAGUUCAACUUUGCUCGACUGGCGCCGGUUGUCUCGCCACCCUGUUCGACGCCGAACAAUGCUCCGUCGCCGACAUCAAACCCAUCAUGGUGCUUAUUGACGCGUCAGAUGAUGAGCAGAUUCGCGACGACGACCCGCAGCCGAAUUCCGAGUCACCCUUCCGACAGUCUUCCACGUCGUCCCCAGAAACAGAAGCAGAAGCAGACAUACACACACCGAACGAGCAGGUUUAUGGAUUGAGGUUAUUGCAGCGAAUCAUGACCGAAGCUCAUGUUCGAAAUAUGACCAAGCUAGUGGUGCCGAUACUCCUUCUCGGACGACCGUCGCAGGUCGCGAAUGUCGCCAACAACGUAUCUGCCGAGCUAUUCGGGGUACGACCUGUUGACCGCCGUCUCGUCCUGCGUUGUCUUGAUCUGGGGGCUGCCGACGUGAUUGUACGGCCCAUGCAUUCGAAGUGCAUUUUGAGCCUAGAGGUCCAUGCACACCGCGCGCUCAAGGAUGCCGCCAGAGAACGGGCAGCCAUCGAGGAAGUACGCCGGGGGAGGAAGCGGUCCUGGGUUGGCAUCAGCGAGGAAAAACCGUUUGCGUAUCUCAGAGAGGCCAUGGUGUCCAACCUCAUGAAGGGUAUAUGCCGCAUUCCUACCGACCACGACGACUUGAUUGCAAAUGCCAGCCUCUCGGUGUCCUCGGAGCGCCAGGCCGUCGUUGCCGAUGCCGUCGGUCGUUGGCAUUUUAGCGCACAUGAUUUCACCGAUGAUGAGUUGCUGGUCGCCGGUAUGUUUAUGUUCAGGCACGCUCUAGCGAUGCCCGAACUUGAACAUUGGCGGAUACCCGCAGAUCAACUCAUCAACUUCCUCGUCGCGUGCCGGGCUUCCUACAACAGCUUUGUUCCCUAUCACAAUUUCCGCCACGUCAUCGAUGUUCUGCAAGCCACUUUCCACUUUCUCGUACGCAUCGGUACCAUCGCUCGUUACCCGUCCGAUUCCGAUUCCGAUUCGGAACCCAGCGAACCCGCACCGUCCAAGUCGCCGAUCGCCAGCCUCCUGCAUCCGCUCGACGGCCUGACGUUGCUCAUCACGGCCAUUGGCCACGAUGUAGGCCACCCAGGCGUCAAUAACGGAUUUCUCGUUACCCUCAAUGCGCCCUUGGCGCAGCUGUACAACGAUCGAUCCGUUCUCGAGUCGUUCCAUUGUGCGGCGUUCUCUCAGAUUCUUCGUAGAUAUUGGUCGGCGGCUUUCUCGGAUGCCAAGAUGAGGAAGCUGAUGAUCAGUUCCAUCUUGGCCACAGACAUGGGCCUGCAUUUCGAUUAUAUGAAGAAACUCGGGGACCUUCAAGCCAAGCUGGAGGUCGACAACACGACAGAAGGCUGGAACGGUCGCACCCUGGAAGAGCAGAAAGCUCUCGCUUGCUCGCUCCUCAUCAAAUGCGCAGACAUAAGUAAUGUGGCCAGGAAGCACGAGACUGCGGUGCAGUGGAUGCACAUCCUGUCCGACGAAUUUGCAAGGCAGGCAUCCAUGGAGAUGGAGCUGGAGAUUACCUCAUCGCUGCUGGCACCACCCAAGAAGGACAUCAUCUCCCUAGGCAAGGCGCAGCUUGGCUUCAUGAACAUGUUCGCCCUUCCCCUGUUCCAGGGUGUCGCUGACAUCAUUCCCGCGAUGCAAUAUACCGUCGACGAGCUCGAGAGGAAUAAGGAGUUAUUCGAGGGGCGGAUACAAGAAGAGCAAGCCAAGCUGGUCGCCGUUUCCCACAAUGCACCAGCAGACGGGGCAUGUUCGCCGCGGACUGUGAGUCUUGCCGUUCAGCAAGACGGCCGAGAGUCAUCGAGUCCUGCGACAACAGGCACACCAGCAAAUGCCGACGUCGCGACGCCAUCCACGCUCACUGAUGGGAAGAAGACGGAAGAGAAGGAAUUAAGCCCACCUGUUGCCGAUCCGGUCCACAAGCUGUCGCAAACGCCGAAUCUGCCAGAAGACUACAAGGAGAUUACUGGCAUUGUGACGAGUUUUGAUGCCGUGGCCAACUUUGCUGCCAGCGACCCGUUUCAGGCGCGCGGAUGGAGCGACAACUCUCACGAGAAUGGUCUCACACAUGGCAGGCGGCAGCGGAGCAGCGACACGACCGAGGAGAGCACGACCGGCCAUUUUUUUGGUGGCCGAGCCUCUCAAGCCACGAGUGCCACCACGGGCAAGAUGCCGAUCUCUCCCAGCACCCGGGGCACUAGCAUUGUUAGUCGGGAAUCGCUUGAUCGGUCGAUGAGCGUUCCCUUGCGCUCGGAAUCUAAGACGGCAACCCCCAGGCCCAAUGGCGGUCUGUCGAUGCGGUCUCACGGGUCGAACGACUUCAACGGGAACGGGAGCAUUGGGAAGGCGGAAGGGUUCAAAUCGUUGAAGAAGAAGCCGAGCCGUUUUCGGAUGAACAACUUUCCCUUCUUCCGGCGCAACAAGGGGCAGAACCACCCCUUGCCUUGA